CCGCCCCCGUCCCUGCGUGCGCACCGCCGAGAGCCCGCCUCAGUGAAAGACGGCCGGGCGCAUGCGGAGGGUCCGCCUCACUGGCCGCCGGGCUCGGACCGUGUGCGCCCAGCUCUGUGGCCGACGGCAGGACCUGAAGGCGGUCUCAGAUCAUAAAGUAAAAUGAAGUACAUUCUAGUCACUGGUGGUGUGAUAUCAGGAAUCGGAAAAGGAAUCAUCGCGAGCAGUGUGGGAACAAUCCUGAAGUCAUGUGGUUUACACGUAACUUCAAUUAAAAUCGACCCAUACAUUAACAUUGAUGCUGGAACGUUUUCUCCUUAUGAGCAUGGCGAGGUGUUUGUGCUGGAUGAUGGUGGGGAAGUUGACCUUGACCUGGGUAACUACGAGCGGUUCCUUGACAUCCGCCUCACCAAGGACAAUAAUCUGACCACUGGAAAGAUAUACCAGUACGUCAUUAACAAGGAACGCAAAGGAGAUUACUUGGGGAAAACUGUCCAAGUUGUCCCUCACAUCACGGAUGCUAUCCAGGAGUGGGUCAUGAGACAGGCCCUGAUCCCUGUGGAUGAAGAUGGCCUGGAACCUCAAGUGUGUGUGAUCGAGCUCGGUGGGACCGUGGGCGAUAUCGAGAGCAUGCCCUUCAUUGAGGCUUUCCGGCAGUUCCAGUUCAAGGUCAAAAGAGAGAACUUCUGUAAUAUCCAUGUCAGUCUCGUUCCUCAGCCAAGUUCAACAGGGGAGCAGAAGACUAAACCCACCCAAAAUAGUGUUCGGGAGCUCCGAGGGCUUGGCCUUUCCCCGGAUCUGGUUGUGUGCAGGUGCUCAAAUCCCCUUGACACGUCAGUAAAAGAGAAAAUAUCAAUGUUCUGCCAUGUUGAGCCUGAACAAGUGAUCUGCGUCCACGAUGUCUCGUCCAUCUACCGAGUCCCCUUGCUGUUAGAGGAGCAGGGGGUUGUAGACUAUUUUCUUCGGAGACUUGACCUUCCUAUCGAGAGGCAGCCCCGGAAGAUGCUGAUGAAGUGGAAGGAGAUGGCGGACAGGUACGAUCGCUUGCUGGAGACCUGCUCUAUUGCCCUCGUGGGCAAAUACACCAAGUUCUCGGACUCCUAUGCCUCUGUCAUCAAAGCUCUGGAGCAUUCUGCGCUGGCCAUCAACCACAAGUUGGAGAUUAAGUACAUAGACUCCACGGACCUGGAGCCGAGCACCUUGCAGGAGGAGCCGGUACGCUACCACGAAGCCUGGCAGAAGCUCUGCAGCGCCAACGGAGUGUUGGUUCCGGGGGGAUUUGGUGUUCGAGGAACCGAAGGAAAAAUCCACGCAAUCGCCUGGGCUCGGAAGCAGAAGAAGCCGUUUUUGGGUGUGUGCCUCGGAAUGCAGUUGGCAGUGGUGGAGUUUUCGAGAAAUGUGCUGGGAUGGCAAGAUGCCAAUUCUACCGAGUUUGACCCAAAGACCAAUCACCCAGUGGUCAUCGACAUGCCAGAGCACAAUUCCGGGCAGAUGGGUGGAACCAUGCGGCUGGGCAAGAGGCGCACCCUGUUCCAGACCAAGAACUCCGUCAUGAGGAAACUCUACGGGGACCUGGAUUACUUGGAAGAGAGACAUCGCCACCGGUUUGAGGUGAAUCCAGUCCUGAAGAAGUGUCUGGAAGAGCAGGGCUUGAAGUUCGUCGGACAGGAUGUGGAAGGAGAGAGAAUGGAAAUCGUGGAGUUGGAAGAUCACCCCUUUUUUGUGGGUGUGCAGUACCAUCCUGAGUUCCUGUCCAGGCCCAUCAAGCCGUCGCCCCCCUACUUUGGCCUCCUCCUGGCCUCCGUGGGCCGACUCCCGCAUUACCUCCAGAAAGGCUGCAGGCUCUCGCCCAGGGACACCUACAGCGACAGGAGUGGGAGCAGUUCCCCUGACUCGGAAAUCACGGAGCUCAAGUUCCCGUCAGCGAAUCAUGACUGAAGUCGGCGGACGAUUCUCCAAGCAGCGCCUUCAGACGCCUUCCGAUGGAGUUAACAGCUUUGAUCUCACACUUGGCUUUUGACACUUCCUUUAAAUUAUGUUUGUAUUCAGAUUAUUUUACUAUGGGGAGCAGUAUCCGGGAGGCCGCCAGCUCCCGCCCGGAGAGCUGCGUGGAGCUGGACAUGCUCCUUCACGUCUACACCUUGCAGACUAGCAGCAGGACCUGGGGGCCGGAGUAGAUGCCGGGUGCGGCUGGUGGAGGGCCCCCCUCCCGCCUCGCCCUGUUUCUCCGCCUACCUCGCAUCAUUGUGGAUUGGUGUGGUAGCCCGAGGCUUCUCCUGGAGGCCGGACCCUUUGGAGCGAGCAGGGAGGGGCGCCUUAGCUGGUGCUUACACCAGCUGGCACCUGGCAGCAGGGGGGUCCGUGGGGUAGGGCAGCCGGAAGCCUGCCUAUGGGUUUGGUUUUUAGCACCCCAGGCUCUGACUGAGCUCUUCCCCCCCGGGGCCCGGGAAACACUCCUUGCAUCAAGGGGGUCCCUUAGCGGAAGAGCAGGCUCUUGGGAACUGCCUCUGAACGGCUCUUCCAGGGAGCCUGGCUCGAGGGGACUUUUCCUUCCAGAAAGGUGUCAGCUGCAGUCGAUGGGCAGGCGGGCAGAGCUAUUUUCUUAGCAGGCGGCAGCGGCGGGCACAGCUGUGCGCCCGUGUUCUGGCGGGACGUGGUGUAUACUCUAACUUAAAUAAA